GGGGGAGCGGGCAGGGGGCAGCUGCUGCUGCGGGUGCUGCGGCGCCGGCUCGGGCUGCGAUGGCAACACCGCUCGACCUUCGAGGUGGCCAACGAGCCCAUCCUGGAGUUCAAGCUGGGCAGCCUGGAACGAGCCGCCCUGCAGAAGGCACUAAACGACUUGAAGGGCAAGACUGAGGCCGUUCCAUGCGUGGUCGGGGGACAGGAGGUGUGGACGUCUGACGUGAGGUACCAGUUGUCGCCGUACAACCAUGAACACAAGGUGGCCAAGUACUGCUACGCGGACAAGGACCUGAUUAACAAAGCCAUCAAUGCUGCUGUGGCUGUACGGAGGGAGUGGGACCUCCGGCCCAUCGAGGACCGGGCACAGAUCUUCUUCAAGGCGGCUGACUUGCUGAGUGGCCCUAGGCGAGCGGAAGUGCUGGCAAAAACCAUGAUCGGGCAGGGCAAAACCAUCAUCCAGGCGGAAAUCGAUGCUGCGGCCGAGCUGAUCGAUUUCUUCCGGUUCAAUGCCAAGUAUGCGAUGGAGCUGGAGAAGGAGCAGCUCAUCAGCGUGCCCGUCAGCACCAACAGCAUGGUCUACCGGGGGCUGGAGGGCUUUGUGGCAGCUGUUUCUCCCUUCAACUUCACGGCAAUCGGUGGGAACCUGGCAGGGGCUCCGGCGUUGAUGGGCAACGUGGUGCUGUGGAAGCCCAGCGACACGGCCAUGCUGUCCAGUUACGCCGUGUAUAAGAUUCUGCUGGAAGCCGGCCUCCCUCCCAACGUCAUCCAGUUCGUCCCAGCCGAUGGGCCUGUGUUUGGAGACACGGUCACGAGCUCCGAGCACUUUGCCGGGCUCAACUUCACGGGCAGCGUGCCGACCUUCAAGCGUCUUUGGAAGCAGGUGUCUGAGAACCUGGACCGGUACCGCACCUUCCCACGCCUGGCUGGAGAGUGCGGCGGGAAGAACUUCCACCUGGUGCACAGCUCGGCCGACGUGCCCACCGUGGUGAACGGGACCCUGCGCUCGGCCUUCGAGUAUGGCGGCCAGAAGUGCUCGGCCUGCUCCCGCCUCUACGCCCCCGACUCGCUGUGGCCCCAGAUCAAAGCGAAGCUGCUGGAGGAGCACGGGAAGAUCAAAGUGGGAGACCCAGCCAAGGACUUUGGGACGUUCUUCUCUGCGGUGAUCGAUGACAAGUCUUUUGCGCGGAUUAAGAAGUGGGUCCAGCAUGCCAAGACGUCGCCCAACCUCACCAUCUUGGCAGGCGGGAAGUGUGAUGACGAAGUCGGGUAUUUCAUCGAGCCGUGUAUUGUGGAAACCAAAGACCCGAAGGAUCCCAUCAUGAAAGAGGAAAUUUUUGGCCCGGUCCUGGCCGUCUACGUCUACCCGGAGAAGCAGUACAAGGAGAUCCUCCAGCUCAUCGACACCACGUCUCCCUACGGCCUCACGGGGGCAGUGUUUGCCCAGGAUAAGAACGCCAUCCAGGAAGCGAGGAAGCUCCUGAGGAACGCGGCAGGCAACUUCUACAUCAACGAUAAGUCGACCGGCGCGGUUGUGGCGCAGCAGCCGUUUGGAGGGGCCCGUGCCUCGGGCACCAACGAUAAGCCCGGCGGUCGCCACUACAUACUACGUUGGACAUCUCCUCAAGCUAUCAAGGAGACCCAUGUGCCCCUGGAGGACUGGAAAUACUCGUACAUGCAGUGAUCCCUGGACGGCGCCGCCCCUGCUGGCAGCCGUCUGCCUCCUGACGCCGACGCUCACAGUACUUAGAAGCGACAGCUCACAUGAUGAGAUUUGAAGCAUUUAAUUUCUUUAACAAAAGUCUUUAAUUUGUCUUAGAUGAGGUUUACCAGAUUGUUGCCCUGGAACCAGAGAAGCCCUUGUGAUUUCCUGAUCCUGAUGUAGACCCAAGAACAGGGUUUUUGCUUUCUGUGUUCUCUGCUCCCUUGAGCUGCAGUUUGAUCACAGUCCUCUAGCUGCUUUGGCGUGAGGCUGCUCAGCAAGGAAGAGGGGAAGCACCGCUGCAACCUCAAAACCACUGGGCUGGAACGAGGAUGCAGCAGUCAGACCCGUGGGCUCAGGGGAGCAGAAGGCAGCGAAGGAGGAGAAAUGCCCUUGAGAGAGCGAGAUCAUAAGUGAGGCCAGCUCUUACCUGCACCAAACAAAUCCACAAGCCUGCUCCUUCCCCUCCGAGCCCCAGAGAGCAUGAAGGAUGAGACCUUUGAGGUGCUUUUAUCCAUUUCUGUCCCCUGCCUCUGGCCAAUCCAGGACUGUCCCUCCACUGAUCUUUUUUUUUUUCCCCCAUCUAGUUUUAAGUGAGCCGGUGUCUGUUGCUGAAGCUGCGGAGCCAUCGCCUGAGCUACCAGGGGAGAGGGAGUGAACAUUGUAGGUAAUCAACCCUCUGCUCUCAGGGUUUAACGGCAGGGUCUUGCUUUGAAUGUCUCCAGCUGACCUUCCUCGUGCAGCAAGGAAUGAAUCCCAGCGGGGUCACCUGGCAGAGCUCAGAGCGCAGAUGUAUUUAGGGAGGUAAUGCAGUGAAAGCAAAGCUCGUGUCUCUUCCUUCUCUCACAUUUUGUCUGCCUCUCGGGGCCCUCUCCAUUGCAGCUGGCUGCCUCAGGCUUCCCUUAGCCCCUUCUGAGAGAGUCCCGAGCUCUCACUAUGAUUAUCUGAGAAACAAUAAUGGGUAAUAUCAGGAAAAGGAUAGGGCACGCUGAGAUGGAGCAGAGGCUGUUUUUGUGCAGGCUUCUGUUAUGUUUUGCUGCUAAAUGCUGUAGUUUAAAAAAAACGUAUUGGCCGUAUGUGUCACCUCAGCAGAGUUACUAGCUGUCUUCCCCUGAUGCCAAGGGCAGGGAUUAGCCACCCAAACCUCCUUGCAGCUCCUUCAGCAACAGGUACACUCCAGACUUGGUUUCUACCAGGACUUUGGCAGCUGCUUAAAGGCAAGACAGAAGUUUUAAGGGAAUUAGUUGAGCUCCUCUCUAAGCUAUUCCCAACUGGGUGCAGAGGGCAUCUCUUCUUCCUUGGAUCAGGUCCUGCAUUAGCAACAGGUACCUGGGC